AUGCAUCGCUACUCUCCAUGGACUACCGCCCUUGUGGCCCUACUCUCCCUUGGAGGUGUAGACGCGUCAAUACCUUCUUUGCCACAGGAGACUCCUAUCGGCCUGAUGGCUGCUAUUGGAAUCUCUCCACGGCCUACAGACCCACCAGGCCUCCCUGCCGGCCUUCCUCGCGAGCUGAUGCCUCGUCAGAAGAAGACUACUCUCCCACUGCCUCCUCCAGGCUAUUAUUGUGGGCUGGUCGAAGGCGACCCUGAGAACUUGUUGACCUGUGUCAAUGCCAGAGCAAACUGCGUUCACCAAGGCACCGCCAUUGGCUGUUGUGUGAGCAAAAAUAUACAGGACUGCACAAACGUGCCGUCCACAUGUGUCAACUCUGCCGACGCUUGUGAUGCUGCUUGCAAGGCAAACACAAGAGUGCUGAAAUGCACUGUCACAACAGAACCAUAUUGUGGAAUAUAUUCCUUUGCAGGAGGAUCAACGUUAUUUGGCUGCCGAGCAUUUGCAACAGUGACGUCCUCGGUACAAAAACUAGACGAUUACUAUUCCUCGGUUUAUGGUGCGAGCUGGACCACCGCUUUAGCAGCCUCGACAUCUAGUAUCAUCGACAUCCCAACGCGCAGCUCCGGCGGCGUCUCCACUUCCUCCAGCCAGACAUCGUCCACCACCGCAUCGGGCUCCAGCUCACCAAGUCCGGACGACAACAAAACCCUCUCAAGUGGCGCCAUUGCCGGCGUAGUUGUCGGUGCCUGUGCCGUGGUCGGUAUCAUCGUUGCCUUUGUCAUCUGGUUCUCCUGUGUUAGGAAGAAAGACAAAGAAGCCACGGGCCCUCCCAUCGCCCCAUCUGAUGGCCCUCCACCUAAUCAAGAGCAAUACACCGGCCAGCCCCCCAACCCUCAACUUGGUUACUACGCGCCCGUCCCGCAAGAACAAAAACCCGUCGACACCGCCCAGCCACCCUCUUAUGGCUACGAAAAACCACCUCCACCCCCAAACAUGGCUGAAAUGCCCGGCUCGGGCCCGCAACCACCGUUGCCUAACUCGCUCCAAAGCGGCCAGGCUGCGGAUUACUACAACCAGCGCGCAAGUAUGGGACCGCCCAGUCCACUGAGCCCCGGCACAGUAAGCCCCGGGAGUCCAACGGCAAUGCACUCGACGCAUGCUGGCCCGGUGCCCGAGCAGAUCUACGAAAUGGGCCCGGGACGAUGA